UGCAUUUUAAAUGGAUCAGAAUUUGAUAAUGUUGAUAUUAGUGGAAUGAACUUGAAUUAAGCUUUAUUGUUCAAUUGUAAAUGGAAGAAUAUCAAAAUACAUGACUUAAGUAAAUUAGAUGGUCAUUCAGAAACAGUUAUGUCUGUCAAUUUCUCUCCUACUGGCAAUAUAUUAGCAUCUGGUAGUGCAGAUAAAUCUAUCCGUUUCUGGGAUAUAAAGACAGGAUAAUAAAAAUGCAAAUUAGAUGGUCAUUUAGGAAUAGUUUAUUCAAUCAAUUUCUCUCCUGAUGGUAAUAUAUUAGCAUCCGGUAGUGAUGAUAAGUCUAUCCAUUUAUGGGAUGUUAAGACAGGAUAAUAAAUAGCCAAAUUAUACGGUCAUUCAGGUUGGGUUUAUUCAGUCAAUUUCUCUCCUGAUAGUACUACAUUAGCAUCUGGUAGUGAUGAUAACUCGAUCAAUUUAUGGGAUGUUAAGACGGGAUUAUAAAAAGACAAACUAGUUGGUCAUUUAGAAAGAGUAUGGUCAGUCAAUUUCUCUCCUGAUGGUACUACACUAGCAUCUGGUAGUGCAGAUAAGUCUAUUCGUUUAUGGGAUGUUAAGACAAGAUAAUAAAAAGCCAAAUUAGAUGGCCAUUCACAUUGUGUUAUUUCAGUCAAUUUCUCUCCUGAUGGUGCUACAUUAGCAUCUGGUAGUGUGGAUAACACUAUCCGUUUAUGGGAUAUUAAGACACGAUAAAAAAUAGCCAAAUUAGAUGGUCAUUCUAGUUAUGUUUAUUAAGUCAAUUUUCUCCUACUGGCACUACAUUAGCAUCUUGUAGUGCAGAUAAGUCUAUUCGUUUAUGGGAUGUUAAGACAGGAUAAUAAAAAGCCAAAUUAAAUGGUCAUUCUAAUUAUGUUUAUUCAGUCAAUUUCUCUCCUGAUGGCACUACAUUAGCAUCUGGUAGUUAUGAUAAAUCUAUCCGUUUAUGGGAUGUUAAGACAGGAUAAUAAAAAGCCAAAUUAGAUGUUGAUUUCUCUCCUAAUAGUAAUACAUUAGCAUCCGGUAGCAGACCUAACUCUAUUUGUUCCUGGAAUGUAAAAAUAUAAAAAGAAAUGCUCCAAUUAAAUAAUGGCUAAAAUGAUAUGCUUACCUAGUUUCUCUUACCACUUCAAAACAGCUUCUUAUUGCCAAAUGUUAAUCAUGAUUAUACAAUGCUUAGAAUAUGUUAGAAUCCUUUGUUAGAAGCUUCGGAAACACUUAUCUUCUUAGGACAAUUCAUUAAUCAUUAAGGGGAAGAUUUAAAACCUUUGUUUUUAUCCAAAGGAAGUUACUUUUUAGAAGACUUAAAGCAAAGGUGACUUGAAAUAUUCAUAUAAUCAUUAACAACAUUAAUAUUUAAUUUUUCAUCAAUAUCCUAUGGUAUUUUUGAGUUAUAUCCAUUUCAAAAAUGAGUUUAACCCACUCAGAUGA